UCUACAACCGAAUGAAUGAACAGAACGAACAGAAUCUACAUAUUUAUCUUACAUAUAAAUAUACAUAAAUACAUUAAAAAAUCUAUAUUUAAAAAGAUAAAAUCUGAGAAAUGGGUUGGAGGAAAAGGCUAAAGAAAACGGGGAUGCAGAUAAAUGAGAGCAGAAGGAACAGAUGGCCUUAAAGAAGGGAUUAAAAGAAUCUGAGUGGGUUCUUACAGUAAAAACAGAGUGUCAGGGGGAAAAGAGAGAAAGCGUAAAAGUUGACAAGAAAACUGGAUGGAAGAAGCAUAAGCUGGACUGUGCCUGUCUAUGAGCGCAUGUCCAGACGCAGCCGUUCCCUGCUAUCCCUCUUUUUAACCUCUCUGGCCCUGACACUCUCUAUACUGGCCUUCUGUACCUCCUACUGGUGUGAGGGGACACACAAAGUGGUAAAGCCUCUCUGCCUGUCUCCUGUGAAAAUGAAGAACUGUGGCCAGAACAAUAACCAGCCCUAUACCACCGAGAGCCCAACUGCAGACCCCAAAAAGCCUGAGUCCAGCCUGAAAAGUUCCCCAAAGCGAAAGGAGGAGCAAGCGCUAAUAAAGGCAAAGAAGCUGACCAAUGCAGUCCACUAUAUCUGGGAAACAGGAGAGGAUAAAUACAUGCUUAGAUACUUCCAUACUGGAUUCUGGCGAUCUUGUGAGAAACAACCUAAUGGUGAAGGAGAGAAAUGCCGAAGUUUUAUUGAACUGACUCCAGGAGAAGCACAAGGUGUUCUUUGGCUCUCCUUGUUCUCAGAGUUCAUGUAUAUAACUCUGCUGGCCAUGGGAUUUCUUCUGAUGUGGAUGGAGUUGCUGUUACUUUGCUUAAAUAAGGAGAUGUAUGCACUUAAGAUCAAUGCUUUUGCUGCCAUUUGCACUAUUCUCUCAGGAAUGAUGGGGAUGGUAGCACAUAUGAUGUACACUACAGUAUUUCAGUUAACUGUGAGCAUUGGUCCUAAGGACUGGAGACCACAGUCCUGGGAUUACGGCUGGUCGUUUGCUCUGGCUUGGAUUUCUUUUAGCUGUUGCAUGGCUGCAGCUGUCUUGACCCUCAACUCCUACACCAAGAUAUUGAUUGAGAUGACGCACCGAGCUCGUGUUCGCCUGGAAGAGGCUGCAGGCCAUGCUCCUCCUUAUGACGAUAUUAUUAUGGCCGGAGCUAGUGGCAGCAUCUACUCCAUCAACCUUCCUUUUCAGCACUGCCAGCAAGGGAAGUUCAUUGACACCACAUGGCCCUCAAGAAAGGGGGGUCUGCCUGGAGUAAUGAUCUCUGAUGGACUGGUGCUGUUAGAAGGGUGUGGACCUCAGGGGUGUGAAGACUGUGAGAACGAGAUCGACAAGAUAAUGAAUGCGUUUAAGAAAGAAGGUGAAGUAGAGGCGGAUGAAAUGUGCUGAACAUUAAUGUUGGUUGAAAGAUAUGGUUGCCACAUACAGUGUUAGGGUGCAUGUGGAGGACAUGUACAUGCAAAAUAUGUGCUGAAUGACAUAUCUGUAUCUGUAUCUGUAUAAUUAACCCCUGCGUGUUGGUUUGUAAGGUCUACCUAUACACUAUAAAGGAAAAAAACCUGACCAUAACAUGCUUUUUAAACAUCCCAUUCCAUGUUUAGUCCCCAUUUGUUGUUAUAAUAUCCUCCACACUUCUGGGGAGAUGUUCCACUCAAUCUUUCUGGAGAUUUGUGCUAAUUCAGCCACGAGGGCAUUAGUAAAGUGAGGUAUUGAUGUAGUGUUUGGAGGCCUGGAUUGCAGUCAUACCUUCAUUGAGUUUGCUUUGUGCACAGGGGCAUUGUCAUGCUGGAACAGGUUUGGGUCUCCUAGUUCAAAUACGAAAAUGCCAUGUUACCACAGCCAACAACAUUCUAUACAAUUGUGCCUCCAAGUAUGUGGUAAAACUUUUGGGGAAACUUUAGGGACCUUCUGGUGAAAAAAACAGGUGUCCUAAUUGAGUUUGAAUUGAGUUUUAUGGGGGGGGUCCCCAGUUUUUGUGUAAUUCAUAUAUUUUUUACUAAAAUAAUCUUAGGGACCCACUAAGUCUUAAUUUGAGCACUGCUGCCAUUGUCUGCUUUUUCCUCUUUGACAUAGACAGUUCUGAAAUGGUGUUUAUUAAAACACUGUACAACAAAUCAAUAAAUGAAACCUUACAGAGUUUUCCGAAACUAUUGGAACAUCAAAGCCAAUUCAGUUGGUUUUUCUGUUUGGGUUUGAGAACAAAAAAAUUAACAAGACACUAGCUUGAUGGACUCAUGGAUGUUGAAGAAGGCAGACAGCAUUUUUUGUGAUGCAGCCUGUGCAUUAUUUCACUCAUCCAUCAGUCUUCAUACAUUCAAGAGGAAGCACGUGUUAAUCGUCACCCACCCGAACCUGGUAGGUGUCUUUUAAAAGGGAAGAUUCGACUGGUGUCAUGUCUGAUGUGCAAAAAUAAAACUCAAAUGGGCUUUAACAUUCAGCCUAUAACA